AUGUAUGUGGAUUGGUAUAAAGGUUUAAAUAAUAAUAAAGUAUAUAAGAGUAUGUAUAUAUAAAUAUUAGGUAGGAAUGAUAGAGAAUAUAUAAAAAUAUAAGCAGAAGUUGAAGAGUAUAUAUUUAAGAAGAUUUUUAUUGAACGUGAAGGUGGAUGUGAUAAUAGAAAUAGAAAUGAAUUAGGAUUGAUUAAGAAUGAUUUUAGUUUGAGUAUAUAUAUAUAUAAUAUAAAGAAUAUAAGAAAAUGAUGACGUAUUUUGGGGUUAAAAAAGUUGUCGUAAAAUUGAUUUAAAUUUAAAUAAAUUUGUAAUUCUAUCAAUAAGAAAAGAUGAUGGUGAAUGAAGAGUUGUAGAAUGUUAAUGAUGGUAGUAAUUAUAAGGCUAAGUUUGUACUACCAAAAGGUCAUUUUUUAUUUACAAGUGAGAGUGUAAGUAGUGGACAUCCAGAUAAAUUAUGUGAUUUGAUAAGUGAUAGUGUUUUGGAUGCUUGUUUAUAAUAGGAUCCAAAUUCAAAGGUUGCUUGUGAGACAGCAUGUAAAAAUUCAUUAGUGAUGGUGUUUGGAGAGAUUUCAACUCAAGCAUAAGUAUCUUAUGAGACAAUAGUAAGAGAUGCAAUAAAGAAAGUAGGAUAUGAUAGUAUAGGUAAUAGAUAUAUAGAUAUGUAUAAUAGAGAAAGGAUUAGAUUAUAAGAAUGCAUUAGUAGUGGUAUCAUUAGAUUAAUAAUCAAAUUAAAUAAAUUCAGCAGUAGUAAAAUGUAAAGAUGAUGAUAACAUUGGAGCAGGAGAUUAAGGAUUAAUGAUUGGAUAUGCAACAGAUGAGACUCCAGAAUUGAUGCCUUUAAGUCACAAUUUAUGCAAUAGAUUAAUUGGUAGAUUAUAGGAAUGUAGGAAUAAUGGUAUAUGUUAAUGGAUGAGACCAGAUGCUAAAGUAUAGGUUACUGUAGAAUAUAAAGUAGAAGAUUAAUCUUUAUCACCUGUUAGAAUUCAUAAUGUUGUUAUAUCUUAAUAACAUGAUGAAAAAAUAACACAUUCUGAAAUUGAAGCAGAAUUACAUUAACAUGUUUUAAAGUAUUAUUAUUUAAUAUAUUUUUAAUAGAUAUGUAUUACCUAAAGAAUAUGUAGAUGAAAAUACUAUAUAUUAUUUAAAUCCAUCUAAGGCAUUUACUGUAGGUGGACCAUAAGGUGAUGCAGGAUUAACAGGUCGUAAAAUUAUUGUUGAUACUUAUGGAGGAUGGGGUGGACAUGGUGGAGGUUGUUUCUCAGGAAAAGAUCCUACUAAAGUUGAUAGAAGUGCUGCUUAUGCUGCUAGAUGGGUUGCUAAAUCAUUAGUAGCAUCUAAAUUAUGCAAAAGAGUUAUGAUCUAAUUAGCAUAUGGAAUUGGUAUUAGUGAACCAUUAUCUAUAUGUGUUAAUUCAUAUGGAACACAUAUCUAAGGUAUAGAUGAUAAUGAUCUAUCUUAAAUUGUCUAAAAUCAUUUCGAUCUUAGACCAGGUGUUAUCAUUAAAUCAUUAUAAUUAAAUAGACCUAUCUAUGCUAAAACAUCUUCAGGUGGACAUUUUGGUAGAAAUGAACCUGAAUUUACAUGGGAAAUCCCUAAAAUUAUUAAUCUUCAAGCUUGGUAAGCAAAAAGAACGUAAUAAUCAAAUUGA